AUGCAUCUCCCUUUCUUCGCCUUGCUGCCUCUCACGGCGGUGGCAGCUGCCAGCGCCAUCGAGGGCCGCGGCGGCGGCGGCUCGCACGUCCCCAACACGGUCGUCAUCGACGGCAAGCGCCUCGCCGACGCCAAGCAGCGGCUGUCCUCGCGGCACCCGGACGCGGAGCUGCGCGCGGCGCUCGGCCACCUCACGGCGCAGGCCGACACGUGGCUGUCGCAGGGCCCCUGGACGGUGACGACGAAGAAGACGGCGCCGCCCAACGGCACGGUCCACGACUACGCCUCGCAGGCGCCGUACUGGUGGCCCAACCCCAACACGGCCGACGGCUGCCCGUACGUCCAGCGCGACGGCGUGCGCAACCCCGAGGUGGACCAGUACCAGGACCGGCUCGCCGUCGGCCGCAUGUUCAACUCGACGUACGUGCUCUCCCUGGCGUGGUUCUACACGGGCCGCGACGCGUACGCGCGCCACGCCGCCGACAUCCUGCGGACGUGGUUCCUCGACCCGGCCACGGCCAUGAACCCCAACCUCGACCACGCCCAGAUCAUCCCCUGCGCCAACACGGGCCGCGCCAUCGGCAUCAUCGACUUCAGCCAGGAGUACACCAACGUGCUCGACGCCGUCGCCGUGCUCGAGUCGGGCCGCGGCGGCUCCCACGGAGACUUUGCGCCGGGCUGGUCGCGCGCCGACUCAAAGGCCUUUCAGGCGUGGAACAAGCGCUUCCUGACGUGGCUGACCGACUCGCCGUUCGGCAAGGACGAGGCCUCGCAGAGCAACAACCACGGCACCUUUGCCAACAUGCAAAUCUCGGCGCUCGCCCUCUUCGUCGGCGACAAGGCCCUCGCGCGCACGACCUCGCUCCUCGCGCGGGGCUUCGUCGACGCGCAAAUCACGUCCAACGGCUCGCAGCCGCAGGAGCUCGCCCGCACGCGCAGCUGGCACUACUCCAACUUCAACCUGGGCGCGCACCUGCGCUGGGCGCUCGUCGCGCGCAAGGUCGGCGUCGACGUCUUCGGCUACAAGGGCCCGCAGGGGCAGUCGGUGCUCAAGGCGGCCGGCUUCGAGGUGCCCGCGGCGGUGGGCGGCGCGGCCGCCUGGCCGUACGACGACAUUGAGUUUGCGCGCUUCGCGGCGACGGACAACGUGCGGGCGGCGGCCGACGCGGGGCUGUGCGCGGCGCGCGAGGCCGUGAAGGGGAAGAAGCUGCAGGCGCCGCCGGGGGGUGACAUUUUUGUGCUGAGGCCGGCGCCGCAGCAGCUCGACAGCAUCGUGACGCUGUAG